GCGGCGGCGGGGGCGGCGCGGCGGUGCCCGGCGGAGGCCGGGGCGCGCGGGGGGCGGGCGGGGGGCCCCGGGGACCCCGGGCGGGCAGCGGCGGGGCGGCCCCGCGGCGAGGGGCCGGCCGAGGCGCGGCCGAGGGGAGGGCAGAGCCGCGCGGCGCAGAGCCGGGAGGGACGGAGGGGCGACGGGACGCGCCAUGCGCUCCUGAGCAGGGCCGUGCCCGCCGCCCGCCCGCCGCCCGCCCGCCCAGCAUGGCCCCCUGGCUCUGGCCGUGCCUGCUGGCCGCCCAGGCCCUGGCCGCCAACUUCCCCCCCCGGUACAGCCUCUACACCGGGGGGGCCGCCCCGCUGGGCCAGCCCCAGGCCGCGGCCCCGCAGGGCCCCGCCGGCGCCCGGGCCGCCAGCCGGCACAGGAACCGCUGUGCCUUCGUGGUGACGCGCACGGUGAGCUGCGUGGUGGAGGACGGCGUCGAGAGCUACGUGAAGCCCGACUACCAGCCCUGCGCCUGGGGGCAGCUCCAGUGCCCGCGGGUGCUCGCGUACCGGAGCUUCCUGCGGCCCCGCUACAAGGUGGCCUACAAGACGGUCUCGGACCUGGAGUGGCGGUGCUGCCAGGGCUACUCGGGCGAGGACUGCGCCGAGGGGGGGCCGCCGCCGCCGCCGCCGGGCCCCCCCCUCCCCACCGGCCGCCCCCGGCCCCGGCCCGGCCGCCCCACGCUCUCCGGCUUCGGCAACCCGCUCAGCGGCCUGGGGGGCGAAGGCGGCGGGGAGGCGGAGAAGGUGCAGCGGCUGGAGGAGACGGUGCAGCGGCUGAGCGCGCGGCUGGAGGAGCUGCAGGGCGCGGUGCGCGCCGGGCGGGAGGAGCUGCUGCGGGACCUGCGCCGGGCGGCCGAGGGCGGCCUGGAGGGGAAGCAGCCCGCCGACGCGGCCGCCCCGCCGGACGUGAAGGAGACGCUGCGGGAGAUCCAGCGGCGCCUGGAGCGCCUGGACGGCCGCGUCCGCGGCCACGACGCCGAGCUGGGCGGCGGCGAGGGGCCGCGCGAGCUGGAGCGGCGGGUGCAGGAGUCGUGUGCCGCCUGCCUGGCCGGCACCGAGGGGCUGCGGCGGCAGCAGGCCGAGGACCGCGAGCGCAUGCGGGCGCUGGAGAAGCUCGUGGGCUCCGUGGACCAGCGCAACCGGGAGGCGGUGGAGACGGUGCAGCGGCACGUGAGCAGCCUCAGCGGGCGCCUGGCCCCCGAGGCGGCGGCGCCCCUGGACGCGCUGCGCCGGCGCCUGGCCGAGCUGGAGGGGCGGCUCAACGCCUCGCGGCCCCGCCCCGACGCCGACGCCGAGGCCGAGCUGCGCCGGGCGCUGGAGGCGCUGGCCGAGAGCGGGGCGCGGCGGGACGCCCGCCUGGCCGAGCUGGAGGGGCGGCUGCAGCGCUGCGGGGGGCCCUGCCCGGCCCCGACGCCCGGCCCCGACGCGGCGGCCCCGGGGCGGCUGGAGCGGCGGCUGGAGGCCGUGGAGGAGCAGCUGGGCGCUGCCGGGGGGCUGCGGGAGCUGCUGGGGGCGCAGGGCGAGGCGCUGGGGCGGCUGGCGGGGCGCCUGGCCGAGCUGGAGGCGCGGGGCGGCGGCGGUGACGGCGAUGAUGGCGAUGGUGAUGGCGACGGCGGGGGCCCGGCGCGGCAGCCCAACGGCACGGCGGCGCGGCUGGGCCGGCUGGAGGCCGAGCUGCGGGCGCUGAGCGGCGAGCGGGACGCCUGCGCCCGGCCCUGCGACCCGCUGCGGCGGGAGCUGCGGCAGCUGCGCGCCGCCCUGGCCGCCUGCGCCUGCGCGCCCGCGUUGGAGCCCGGCGACGACGGCGACGACGACGGCGACGACGAGGAGGGCGACGCAGGCGCCUCGCACGAGCGCCUGGACGGCUUCGGCGUGUGGGGGGCCGGGGGGCCCUCGGAGCUGCGGGCGCUGCAGGGCGAGCUGGCCGAGGCGGUGCUGGGGCUCGGCUGGCUCAACGCCACGGUGGAGGGGCUGCAGGACGCCGUGGGGCGGCACCGCACCGACCUGCGGCAGCUGGGCGCGGCGCAGCAGCGGCUGGCGGCGGCGCUGGACGCGGCGGCGGCGGCGGCGGCGGAGCGGGCGGCGGAGGGCGAGGAGCGGCUGGCGGGGCUGGCGCGGGAGGCGGCGCGGGCGGCGGGCGGCUGCCCCGGGGGGCUGGAGCCGCGGCUGGCGCGGCUGGAGGGCGUCUGCGAGCAGCUGGAGGGGGUGGCGGGCGGGCUGCGGGGGCUGCGCGAGGGGCUGGGCCGCCACGUCGCGGGGCUGUGGGGCGCGCUGCGGGAGCUCAACGGCACGGCCCGGGCCCACGGCGCCCUGCUCGACAAGGCGCUGCAACCCCAGCUGCCCCGCCGCCUCGGCGCCCUCAACGCCAGCCUGCAGCACCUGCGCGGCGAGCUGCACCACCUCAGCCAGCGCCGCCCCGCCGGCCCCCCCGGCCCCCCGGGACCCGCCGGCCCCCCAGGUGAAAUGGGCCCCGCCGGCCCCGCCGGGCCCCCCGGCAAGGACGGCGAACAAGGCCCCAUGGGACCCCCAGGCCUCCCCGGAGAGAGAGGCGAGGCGGGCGAGCCGGGCACCGUGCCCCACAUCGCCUUCUCGGCCGCCCUGAGCGCGCCGCACGCCGAGCCCGGCACCAUCCCCUUCGACCACGUCCUCGUCAACGACGGCGGCGCCUACGACCCCGAGACCGGCACCUUCACGGCGCCCGUGAGCGGCCGCUACCUGGUGAGCGUCAUCCUGACGGGGCACCGCAACGAGAAGCUGGAGGCCGUGCUGUCGCGCUCCAACCAGGGCAUCGCCCGCCUCGACUCGGCCGGCCACCAGCCCGAGGGGCUGGAGAACAAGCCGGUGGCCGAGAACCAGCCCAGCCCCGGCGCCCUGGGCGUCUUCAGCCUCAUCCUGCCGCUGCGGGCGGGCGAGACGCUCUGCGUGGACCUGGUGACGGGGCGCCUGGCCCACGCGCCCGACGAGCCCCUCACCGUCUUCAGCGGGGCCCUGCUCUACGGCGCCGAGGACGCCUAGGCCCCCCCCGCCCCGCCCCGUUAUUUAUCGGCACCCCCGGCCCCCCCCCCCGCCACGCGCCCCCCCCCCCCCCGCCCCGGCCCCCUCCCGCCACCACCGAAUAAAGACGCGGCACCGGGUUUUCUA